GUGUGUUUUGUAUUCCCUGUAAAUUCAACUCAACUUAUGCAUUCAUUGCAGAUAUUCAUGGAAUUUGAGCGACUGAUGGAGUGUAGUGCAAAAGAAUUAAUGGUGACCGGGUUUAACCCGGUCACCAUUACGGGUUAGCAAAGUAUGCUGGUGCAAUCUUGAAGAUGAAGGCAAAACAAACACAGACACUGAAGGAAGAAUUGGCAACUGUCAUUGGAGCAGCUAAGCAGGACACAAAGCAACUAAUGAUGUCACAUGCAUCAUUGAUUGUGAUUCCCUUGCUUCUUGGCGAAACACUGGAGGCUGUACUGUGUCCUCAGAGCAAGGAAAUGACAACACCAAGUGCAUGCAUUACACACAGUGGGGACCAUCCUCUGAGUGUCCUGGAUGAAGGCAUCACGUUCUCCAUCAUCGUUGAGGGGGAGACCAUAUGCGAGACUGAGGACAUCCUCUCAGCCAUGUGCCUGUUGAUGUGUGUCCACUAUGUGUUCAACUUGGUCUAUAGCAAGAAAGCUGCCAACACCAUGACCUUCUUGCAAAGGGUGGUUCUUAAUAUCACAGAUGAUACACCAGCGCCAUCAAAAGUAGUCAAACUUCUGUAUGACAUCAAUGCCAAUCUCGCAUGUGAAUAAGAUUUUUUGUUUUGUCUCCAACGACCUUGCCUGUUUUGAAACACCAUAGUUAUUGUUCUGAUUAUUAAGUGUUUGAUCUUCAAGCCAACAUUUGGGAAAGUUUGGUGUGACCUCAUUACCACCAAUUUGGAUAAGGGUUAAUUCCAAUGCUUUAUUUUGCAAUGGCCUUGCCUUUUUUAAACUAAAUUGUUAUUGUUCUGAUGAUAAGGUGUUUGGUUUUCAAGCCAACAUUUGGGAAAGUUUUUGAGAUGUGACCUCAUUGAAGGGGAGGUUAGGCAUGAUUUGACGUGAAUUCAUUACACAAUUUUUUGUGUUUUCCAAAGAAAUAAUUAGGCAAAAAACAACUGAAGUAUAGACAUGGACACCAGUCCACAAAAAAAAGAACACCCAUCAGUUCAUGUACAUUGAAUAAUUGUUGUUGAGAAGAAUCCUCUUACACAACAGGGGGUAGGGUAAUAAAGCAAUUCAUUCUAAAUAUUGUUCUGAUGCAGUGGUUGUGCACAAUAAAGUAUAAAUAGGUGAACACUUUGAAAAUUGGAUUUUACACGUAAAAGAUUUGAGCUGUGCUGCUAUAUUUUUUUUUCUGAAAGUGGUCUUAGAUACAAACUGCGUGCAUUUAUAAGUAAUUGAAAGAUAGACUAUUGCUUUUAAACAGUCCUGGCAGACACACACCAAAAAAAGCAUCUUGAAAGUAACAGCUUCUCAUUUUUUUCCUUAGAGCGUUCUCAUUCGUCACAUUUCUGCCAUACUGGAGUACAGCUAGGCACAUGGCGUAAACUAUUUGUACACAGCUCGGUCUAUUAUCAAGCAUGCACGUAAAUUUGAAAUACAUACACUUCAGGUUUCUGUAAAUAUGAGAACUAUUUAUUUCUUUGACAAUUCUAAGAUUUUAAAAUUCUGGUAUAAGAUUUCAUAAAUUUCAGAUAAGUUAUAGAAUCUUAUUUCAUGACGGAUGCAUGACAUUUCUGCAAUGCAUUAAGUCAACUUAAUUUGUUUUAGAUUAAUUUUGUGUUUGAUCGAUUUGUUUACAAAAAACUUUUGCUAAGUUUUAUUGAAUCAGAGUGUUGAAUUCAUGACAUUGAUUAAAUAAAUGGGUUUAUGACUUAAUUUCAACUUAGAUGAUGAUUGUCACUGUGUUUCAUUACAUGACUCAGCUAAACAUUGGUUAGUCACAAGACUCAUGUGAUUUGUGUGCUGAGUAAUGGAACUCGUUUUAGGGUUGCAGUGGACGCGACAAUUGACAAAAUGAUGACUCGUUUACGGGUUACUAAGUGAGUCGAAAGAUCCACUUAUGAUUCCAGGUUGAGUCACAUUGACUCGUUUCAUGUGAGUCAAUAUGACUCACUUGACCCAGGACUGUGUCACCACACGGACAAAUUAAUGACUCACCUAAAUGAGUCCCGUGACUCAACAUAUAUUAUGUGUGUAUGUAGACACACAGGUGCAAGAGCAGCCAAGAUAACAUUGACUUAAUUUUUUUUUUUGUCUUUUGAGAUGACACUUCAGUUUUGAACUU